GUCACGCCAAAGCAUCUCAUCUGUCCUCCCAAAAGUCUUGGGGAUCUAUAGGAUCUUUUUUGUUCUCUCGUGACAUAGAUAUGCUCUUGGGACUAAUUUUGGUACACUGGCCACUCCUGGGAAGGUUAACCACUGUCCCAAAGCUUUAAAAAGGCCUUAUAACCCUUUCCUGACUGAUAGACAUCAAUGAUUAUUUUGUUGCUGUUCUAGACAGAUCUUUAAAACUGCUUCCCUUUGUUAAACAAGUCUUAUUUAAGUUCUGUUUUGAUUCGACAGGUCUGACAGUAAUCAGGGUUAGGUUAGGGUUUGUUUUUUUUAACGAAAUGGGAAAUGGGGGGCAAAUACUUUCUCACAGUACUGUAUGCAUAAUAUACAUUUUUAAACUCAGAUGUAGAUAUGAACACCCACUUUAAACAUAAAAAGAUUUCAUUUAACGCAUCUUUAUGAAUAAAUUCUUUAGUUAAAUAUUGGUGAUGUUUUUUCUUUAAUAGUCGGUCAGAUCAGCUGAUCUCUAUCGUCGUCGUCAUCGUCGGUCGGACAGCAACGGCCAGCGCUAGCUAAACAUAGCUAGUAGUAAAAGUUAUGACAGGACAUGUCAGGUUUAGUGUACCAUAAGGUUCUGACCUUGGUAAGCAAUUGAGGAUCUGGCUACCAACCAGACUGAAUGCUCUAAUCUGAGACUAACUAUGCCUUAUCUCUGAGAAUGGGAGGAAGUGGAUCCAAAGCCAAAGGUGUCUGGCCUUUCUCAGGCAGCGGAGGCGAGUCAGGAAAUGAUGGGAACGAGCAGUCUCUGGCCCGGCUGAAAGGCUCUAAGAAUGCAACACCAUUUGUUUUUACAAGGAGAAGUUCUUUGUACUAUGAUGAGGACGGUGACCUUGCCCAUGAAUUCUACGAGGAGACAGUCGUGACAAAAAAUGGCAGAAAGAAGUCCAAGUUGAAGAGGAUCCAGAAAAAUCUAAUUCCACAGGGAAUUGUGAAGCUCGACCACCCGUGUAUUCAUGUUGAUUUCCCCAUCGUCCUCUGUGAGGUGUGACACGUUGCACAGUGACUGGUCUGCAAUGAGGUGCAGCCGCAGGUCCUCUUUACAGAGUAUUGUUCAUGUCCCGAGAGCUGCAGUCAAGAACUGGCGAAUGGGGCUUGCAGAGGAAAAAGGAAACUUCAAACUGUCACAUGAAAAAUGAUAUAUUGAAUUAAAUGUUAUACAUUUGAAUUCAACAAGUCUUUAUUUUGACAUUCACAGAAAUAGUGACGGUACAAGUUGUUUCCACUACCCAGCUGAUAUGUAUGCAGACUUGGAGAAUACUUUGGAUGAAUUUGUGUUUCUCCUGUUGAGUGUGUUUUUUUUUUGUUUUUUUUUUUGUUUUUUUUGUUUGUUUUUUUUAAAUUUUGCAGGGAAAAACAUCUGUGACGUGAAAAGGCUUUAAUUCAUGCCUUCUGUGAGAUGUAGACUUUGUAUGUGUCUUUGUACAUGUGCUAGUUUUGGGUGCAUGUGUGAACUACGAAUGCAAGAUGUAGUUGCAGGGUGGGAAUGAUGAGGGAUUGUUGAAUUUCUUGUAUAUACUCAUGUUCUGUAUUGUCACGUCUGAGAUGGUCUCAGUUAUUGGCGCUCAGACCUGCACUAGUGAACAUAAUGUACUGUAAAUAACAUCAGAUUUCUUAGUUGAAAAUACUUGAAUAAAUGGUUUACUGAGCAAAAUCA